GUUCUCUCUUCGCUCGAUUCGAUUCAGGGUUUUGGGGUUAGGGUUUUGCUCGGUCCAAUCUCAGUAAUGGCGGGCAACAAAAGAAAAGAUGAGCAGAGAAAACAGCAAAAGAAUCCCCAGCUUCAGCAUCGCAAAUCCCUCGACGCCGCCGCCGACGAUGAAUCCGUCUCCAAAAAGCGCUCUCGCGGUCCAAAGCUCCACCAAGGAGGCGAGAAGCUGAUUUCGUCGAACCUGAGCUCCAAGAUUCUGAAAGAAGCCCUGAGUCAACAAAGAGAGAUUGAGCAGGAAGCUGAGGAGCAAAAUCCGACGCCGUUCUCUUCUAUUACUGAGAAUCCUUCGGUUGUCGAUGAGGAAGAGGAGGAUGUUGAUGGUUUCGAUGGGUUUUCAGAGACUCAGAGUCUUUACGAUGGGGGCUUGCAAGAGAUUGAUGAGGAGGAUGAGAAGUUGCUGGCGACUUUCAUGUCGGAAAAUGCUGGUCCUCAGAUGACACUAGCGGAUGUUAUUAUUCAGAAAAUCAAGGAGAAGGAUGCUGAGGUUGCCUCUGAAGCACGGCCUCUCCCCAAAUUGGAUAGCAGUGUCAUAGACCUUUAUAAGGGGGUCGGCAAACUGCUCAGUAGGUACACUAAUGGGAAAAUCCCCAAGGCAUUUAAACACAUCCCGCACCUACAAGUAUGGGAAGAUGUGCUAUAUUUGACUGAGCCAGAGAAUUGGUCCCCAAAUGCUAUGUACCAAGCAACAAGAAUAUUCUCUUCAAAUUUAGGCGUUAAAGGGGCCCAACGUUUUUACAAUCUUGUUCUACUACCACGGAUUCGAGAGGACAUAAGAAAGAACAAAAGACUUCAUUUUGCUCUCUAUCAGUCUAUGAAAAAGUCCCUCUAUAAGCCAGCUGCCUUUUUCAAGGGAAUCCUGUUCCCCCUAUGUCAGUCAGGAACUUGCAAUCUUCGGGAAGCAGUCAUAGUAGGAAGCAUCAUUCAGAAAGUUUCCAUUCCUCCUCUUCACUCAAGUGCAGCCUUAAUGAAGCUAGCGGAAAUGGAUUAUUGUGGCACAACUAGUUAUUUCAUCAAGCUAUUUCUAGACAAGAAAUAUGCACUACCGUACAGGGUGCUUGAUGCUGUUGUUGCACAUUUCAUGAGGUUUCUUACUGAUGAAAGGGUCAUGCCUGUAAUAUGGCAUCAGUCACUUAUUGCCUUUGUGCAAAGGUACAAAAAUGAACUGACUAAGGAGGACAAGGACAACCUGGAUCGUUUGAUUCAUCAUCAGAAGCAUCAUUUGGUUACACCUGAAAUCCUUAGGGAGCUGAAGAAUAGCCGCAACCGAGGGGAGAAGGAAGAUGAUCUUAUGGCAAUGUCUUCUCCAGUCUCUGUUAUCUGUAAAAAAAUCGAAGAAGACAGAUGGAAUUUCCCAGAAGUUCCUAUGGAAGAAGACUAAAAGGCGAAAACUGCUUAUGAAGUGAACUAUAAGCCCCCUCAAAAGUCUGUGAGGAUAAGGAGUUCAAAUCACUAAUUUGGUUGGCUACCCUGCAACAAGAAGAGACCAGACACAGUACAAUUUAGUUAAGUGCAUAUAUUCCUGUGUGCUACUCGGGAUAAUUAUUUUGUCUUAAGUUAAUAGUAUUGAGGUGAUUCUGUUCCAAACUAAUCUUCAAUAUAUGGCUUUCUUUUGUUAUAUUUUGAUUUAUUUAUUUCAGGAAAAAUCUUCAAUAUGUUGUAUCAUAAACUAUGCUGUUUGAAAAUUGAAGUGCUCAAUAAUUUAUUGUUA